GUCAAGCUGCAAGGUAUUGUCAGAAAUUCUGUGAUAUGACUUGACUUUGUGAGGUUAUUUUCUAUGGAGCAAAUUCAGCACAGAAUAUAUAUAUAUUGGCUACAAUCUAAGCGAAUAUCAAGAAGGCAUUAGGACCCAAAUUUACGUAUUUUCGUUUGACUUGACGGCCGACGGAGAGACCGAGAGCUCGGAUCGACUUCCAGGUUCCAGUUGCAAUUAGGAUAGGAGCAGCAGAGGAGCGGGGAUCAUGGAUGACUUCUCGGGCCCCAGUCCGCUAAGGAUGCGGUGUCGCAUUGCCUUCGCAGUCACUGGACUUAUUGUUGGGCUGGCCAUCUUUAUUUGCUUCAUCGCUGCUGAACAAUUUUAUAAUCUACACAUCGCUCUGUGGGGAUUAGCAAGUGGAGUAUUUGCUUUUCUCACACUCACUGUUCACAUCCAACAUAUGAGAGGACAUCGAGACCUGUGGGUUUAUCGACUUAAAUUCUUCAUCGUUCUUGGAUUCUUUGUCCAGCUUGGUUCAUUGAUUGCCUUGGUUACAUAUGUGGUACUUGGAGCUGUCAGAGGACAAGAUCUGAUGCCAGUAAACGGAAAUGACAAGGGAUUCUAUCUUGCAGCAGUAUGGGUGUUCAUGACCUGGAAGUGGUCCUUUGCUCUGUUCAUAUACUCAAGGUCAUACAGAAAAGGCUAUGUUACAAGUGAUGAGAAUCUCUUGAUUUAAAGGAUCCAUUAAACAGGGUAUGAUAAAAACAUGUGUUUAUAUAAAAAGGAAAGCAUCCUUUACAUCACCUCAUGAUACCAUUAUACAAAAGUUUAUUCAAAUGCACAACAUUCUUGAUUGAUGAGGAAUGAUUCUCCAAGAAAUUGGAAAUUCAUAUAUUUGGCAUUUUGCUGUUGAUGUGUGUGUAAAUACUACAUGUAUUUAAUGUGCAUGUACACAUGCUCAUUGGAUUAUCACAGAUGCUACAUAAAGGUUUAAAUGUUCUCUCAAAGUAUCUUCCGCCAUGAAAAAGGGAGUUUAUAUGCAGGAAAGGCAAAAAGAAACAUGCCUUUUUAUUAUGCAACACUUCAAUCAUUGAUCACCUUGGAUAUGUUCCUUGUGUAUUACAACUUUGCUUGUAUGCACUCAUUCAUCCUGCCAUGGUUAAAGCAACUAGCUAUAUGUCAUUGCCUUUUACUUGAUCUGUAUUGAACCAUUAUUUCAUUCAUUUCAUAGAGAUAUAAUUUUCAUUAGAACAUUUCCAAGGGGUGUUUCUUAAAGCUGUUUAGGAGUAUAUUAAAGCAACUAAAAUGAAGUGCCAAGAGCCACAGUUAUUUACUGAAUCAAUGAUGCAAUAUAUCCCAUCAUUUCCUGUGCUUGGGUUAUAUUUUUAAUGCAUUUCACAAACAGAUGUGCACUUUUCAAAACAAUCUUUUGGUCUUUCUAUGAACUACCAUGCAGCAUUACAUCUGUUUUGGUCAGUCCAAGAAUUCAUAGCAUUUCAGCAAGAACUACAAAUUUUUGUCAUUUAGAAUCUCUUUAUGUUUGUGUAAAAGAGCUUUAAGCUAUAUAAAGAAAGAAUAUAACAGUAAAAUUGUGUGAAAGUCUCAAGAGUAUUAUUGCUUAAUAUUAAUGAGAUAUGCAAACAUUUUGUUUUGCAAUGUAAUUUUUGUGUUUUUUAGAGGGGGUAAUGUGAGACUCAAUACUAAGAUGUAUGUGCACCUGUAUUGUAAUAGACAGCCAAGUUCAGCUUAUUUUAUCACUAUGUUUUUUUUAUACGCAGAUGAUUCUAUUAUUGACCUAUGGAAUGUAUGACGUACUUUAAAUCACAUGAUGGGUCACGGCAUGGGGGGGGGGGCAGCAGCAAAAAAUUUUGAGUCACUGAUUAGUGGGCACACAAGAUGUGCUCAAUAACCAGGUAUAGGCCCACUUACCUAAAACUAAAGACAUUUUGAGGACUUUGCCAUUAAAUGCAUAUGUUUCUCACUGAUUACAUGUACAUUUGUAAAUUAUGCCAUAUUCAGACCUAAAAAAGAUAAAUUUUGAGCAAAUUUUUGUUAUCAUGAUACGUACCUGUCUCAUUAAACAAGCGUGAGCUAAAAUUUUGUAGACCUUUAUAUUGAACCCAAGCAGGGACAUUAUUUUUUAAGGAAUUCAUGAAGAGCAUACAUUUCUCACCAGUCAUCUCAUGCGAGUGCCAAGCUCUUGCAGAUAUUUUUAGAAUUACACUUACAUUUUUCAUAUGAAGCACAUUUGGUAGUCAUUGUAUUCUGACGUAUCUCAUUAAUAAAAUAUUAUGAGCCCGAAGUGCGAGCUGAAAUCUUUUUUAAUUUAGACCUGAAGAGGGGCAUUCCAAGGCUUGUUUGUAGGAGGAAUUCAUUAAGACCAUACAUAUUUCUCUAAUAAAUGAUGUGAGAUGUGAGCGCGAAGCGCAAGCUGAAAACUUCUGAUACUCAGACUAGAAAAAGGGCCAUGAGAGCAGAAUAUCUCACCAAUGUGAACAUAAAGUUAUGAAAAAAUUCUUAUGUAACAAUAUUUCAUAUCAUAUACAAUGAUUUCUCCCACUAGGCCACUACCUUUCUCUUUUCCUUUUUUUUCUGUCAGCCGAUGGGGGGAUGUAGUUAUGCCACUGCCUUGAUGUAUCUCAGUCAUCAUAUGAUACCCUUUUGAUAGUCCUUUAAUAACAACUCUUUAUUAAAAAUGUAUUGUGUAUGUUUUGUUUGGGAAAACUUUGGCUUUGUUCUGUUCUUUCAUUUUAGUGGUUACCUCACAUAUGAUAUGAUUCUUAUGCGACAUUGAAUUUUUGUACUUUGUUAUGCUCUAGAAUUUCCAUCCAAAAGUAGGCCUAUCAUACACUUUUCAAGUACUUCAUUACAUGUAUGUGUUGCAUAUCAUCAGUAAGCACUUACAUUGAGUACAUUAUAUAAUUGCAGUCUAUAUGUACAUACAAAGUAUUUUUUACGUUUAUAAAUUUGUAGGCACUUGUGUAUGUAUUAUCAGAUUAUUUAAUGGCUGGUUUUUAUUUUGGUUAAACUCCUUAGAAAGAUCAAAUCUUCAGUUGAAAAAGUAUAUUAUGUAAAAAAUUGUGAUAAUUUUCACGUUUGAGAUGUACACGUACUUGUAUGUAUUUGUGAUUAAAUA